AAACGGAAAAGAUUAGUGACGAAGUCGUAUGUAUGAUUAGUCUUUAUUUGACUUUUAUAUAUGUAACUGGACGAAAACCUAAAUAGCCGGAAAGAUCGGCUUUCCAUUCUUUAUAAAGGCAAUGUAGCGUGUGGUUAUGGCGUUAAGACAGGUGUGUCACACCAUAUAAGUACUGUACACUCAUCCGUUGACCAGCCAUAGCAUUUGUACAGGAUGUUUGGGAUCAGAGAUCUUACGUUGCUAACGUUGGUCGUGGUCGGAUGUUGGGUGGCGGAUGGAGCUGACCUGAGGAGAGAAAAGAGAGGCUACCUUUUUGGGGCUCCUGUGGAAUGUGGAUUCUUGGCUCAUUAUGACUGGAAUGCUGGAGCAUGUGUAUGUGACCAUGGAUGCAGUGGAACUCCAGAUACUGGAUGUCAUUUAAUCACCGUAGCUCAACCACUACCAGUCCUUCAGCCAGAGCCAGACGUGAUACAAGACAGCGAAAGCAGUAGUAGUAGUAGCAGCAGCAGCAGCAGCAGUAGCAGUAGCAGUAGCAGUAGCAGCAGUAGCAGUAGUAGCGAAAGUGAAAGUAGCGAGAGCGAAAGUGAAAGUAGCGAGAUCGGAAGUGAAAGUAGCGAGAUCGGAAGUAACAGUAGCAACAGCGGAAGUAAAAGUAGCAAAAACGGAAGUAAUAGCAGCGGGGAUUAAUACUAAAAAAGACCCUAGCAUAUAACGGUGAGGCAUUAAUCAUGUUCUCCAUAAAAUACAUGUACAUAUCAUUAACUGAAUAAAGUUUAAAAUAUGAAGAACUUCACACGAAACCAAAAUAAACAAGUAUAUCUGUUAUUGGGCAUGACGACUGACGAGGGCAAUUGUUAGGUUUGAUGUUUAAUAUCGUCUGUUUCCUCUACAUUUAUGCAUGCAUAUAUACAAUAUAAAAACUAAAUCUAGAGCAAUCACAUGCAAUUGUAACGUAAAGACAAUAUUGUAAGAACGUACAUUUCUGAUAUAUCGUCGUAUUU